CGUCCGCAUCCACACUUCGCAGACUCUCUCUCCCUCCUUGGUUCCAUUCACUCUCUGCAUCGCUUCAUCCCUCGGUUUUCAGAGAUUCCUCUCCUUCUCACCGACAACCAUGGGUGACAAGGGAGAAAAAUCCUGCCCCAUAUGCACUGAGGAGAUGGACUUGACGGAUCAGCAAUUAAAGCCCUGCAAAUGUGGCUAUGAGAUCUGUGUCUGGUGUUGGCAUUACAUUAUGGAAAUGGCUGAAAAGAAUGGAACUGAGGGACGAUGUCCUGCUUGUCGUACACCUUAUGACAAAGAACGAAUUGUGGCCAUGUCAGCAAACUGUCAAAGAUUGGUGGCUGAAAUGAAUUUAAAGGAAAAAAAGAAAAUGCAGAAGUUAAAACCCAAAGCAUCAGAUGGAAGGAAACAUCUUAGUGAUGUUAGAGUCAUUCAACGCAAUUUAGUGUACAUAAUUGGGUUGCCUCUUAAUCUUGCAGAUGAAGACUUGCUUCAGCGUAAGGAGUAUUUUGGCAGGUAUGGAAAGGUUUUGAAAGUAUCUAUAUCUCGAACAGCAACAGGAGUAGUCCAACAUUCUGCAAACAACAGCUGUUGUGUGUAUAUAACUUAUUCGAAAGAGGCUGAGGCAGUUCGUUGUAUUCAAUCAGUGCAUUGUUUUAUGUUAGAUGGUAAAUCACUGAGGGCUUGUUUUGGAACCACAAAGUAUUGCCAUGCAUGGUUGAGAAAUUUGGCUUGCAGCAAUAGAGAUUGUUUAUAUUUGCAUGAUUAUGGCUCUCAAGAAGAUAGCUUUACCAAGGACGAACUAGUUUUAGCAUUUGCUAGGAGUAGAAUUCAACAAAUUAUUGGUGCUACAAACAAUUUACAUCGGCGUUCAGGCAAUGUCUUGCCUCCCCCAGCAGAUGACCCUAGACAUAUGUUACCAGCUGCCAAACCAGCUGCCAAAAUUUCUUUAGAUAAAAUGGAGAACCAGGUUAAGGUAUCUUGUUCAAGUAGUGGCACUGGGAACAACACAUCACUCCCUGCAGUGACCUCCUGGGUUAUGCGAGUGUCUGGCACUCUGCCACCGCAUGCAGGUACACAAGAUUCUUGUAAUUCUCUGAAUAGAAAAGUUGAGGCGUCUAAUGAUCCACAAACCAUUGUGACUGGAGUUUCCAACGCUGAAAGAUCAACUCUUAACACAAGAACAUCAGAUGGAGUUAUAUUUGAAGCACCUUCUAAUGCUUUAUUGGAAUCAUCAGACUUUGACCAGCGUGAUGAGGGAAAUAUGCAAACCCAUGAGUCAUAUGUGACUAAAGCAGGUGGUUUGGAGAAACUUCCUGUCGAUGGAAUGUCUAACCAUGAAACAUCUGUGGCAGUUACAGGUGAUGGUCUGGAUGUGGUAUCUCGAGCCAGCAGAGGCUUUGUAGAGUUUUCCAGAUCAUGUGAUCUCAACAUGGACCAAGCGUUUAGACAUAAUUCAAACCGUGAUGUUCAGGGAUUGUGCUCUGGAUUGUCUUCGCUUAACAUUUGUAGUCAUGUUGAAGAUACAUAUUGCACUCCUGGUUCAGGCAAUAUACAUUUUACUAGUAAUUCUACUGAUUCAUUUGGAAGGCAGCGUCUGAUGGAAGAAAACAGAUAUUCCGCCGAACAGGCAACCUGGCCAGCCCGUUGGGAACAAAUUAUAGUGGAUGACUUACUAAACUUAGAUUGUGAGCAGCCAAAAUGCAGCGAAGGCUUUAAUAAUUUAUCAUCUGGGGUUUCUUCACCUGGUUUGCCUCUGAAUCUAGAACAAUCAAACCAUCAAGUUUGGAAGCAAGAUAAGGUUGGUCACCACAGUCAACCGGGAAAACCUUCUGACUAUUAUGAUAAUGGGACAGGUUUUGAUGAUAAAGCUUCUCCAGAUAUGGCAGAGAGCAGCAUUAUCUCAAAUAUUUUGUCUUUGGAAAUGGAUGCGUGGGAAGAUUCGUUGGUUAAGUUGUUAGGUGAAAGUGAUGAACAAUGCACAUCAUCAAAAGCACCGGUUUUAUGGAAAGUCCAAGACAAGAAUCAGUCGAGGUUUUCAUUUGCUAGACAGGAUGAGUUUUUGAAUGAGGCUUCUGAUUUUGGGCAUUCAUUUAGUACCGCAGGGCAUGCCCCUAGUGAGUAUUUUUCACCAGGUGGUUUCAUGGCAAAUGAGGAUAAUCUGACUGGGAAAGGCAGCCAUGUUUUGCCAUCAAGCAGCCAUGGAGAUAGCCAUGUUGGCAGUCAGUCCUUCAUUUCAUCUACAUGUUCUGUGUCGAAUGCUCAUUCUUCAACGCCACCUGGAUUUUCGGCAUCUAGCAGAAUACCUCCUGGAUUUUCAUGUGGGAGAGUGGAAAAGAAUUAUAAUGCUUCUGUGAGACAAUUGCAAGGGCAAUAUGUUCCUUCCUCUGGAAAUGUUGGCAGGAUUAGAGAUGUUGAAGUCAGUGAUCCUGCAAUAUUGGAAUUUAGUGAAGGGAAGCUAGCAGAAAAGCUGAAUAAUUCAACUCUUGACAUGAGGCAAUCUUUUCUGUCACAAUUCUAUCCUGAUGAAGAUGAUGCUAGGCUUAAGCUGUUAAUGCAGCAGUCACAGAAUUUGAGAUUUUCACAAUAUGUUGGGGACAGAUUUCCCCCUCAAAAUGAUUCAUAUACAACUUCAAAGCUUCUUGAUCAAUUCCAACCUAACAAUCCUUCAAUUUACCAGCAACUUCACUCCCAGCAAUUCAAUACUAAUAUGCUUUCAUCAAAUAGCCUGUGGGAUGGUUGGAAUGAUUCUAGGAACUUCAGUGGUCUGGGUAUGUCGGAGGUUUUGAAUGAUGAGCGACUGUUGUAUAGCAACUUCAUCUCUAAUUAUGAGAAUAUCAAGUUUUGAACAUAUGCUUUUGAUGAUCUGCCUUGAGAGGGGAUUCAAAUAUCUUAUUUUGCACCAUGUCCCUGCCUAAUUCUGUUUGUGUAAAGAUAUUGACGUUGUGGUUUGUCCUAUUCAGAUAUUCAUAGCUAAGAAAUAUUGAAUUCUCUUUCAAAUUCCUUGAGGGACCAUCAACUCUAUCAAGUAAAUGAAAGUAGAUGCGAGUCUCCGCAAACAUUGUUAUCUUUUCAGCUUUGGAUUCUGGUAUCCUAAAAUCUGAUUCCUCUCUGACAUCAAGUGGAUUAUGAUAGGCAUCAUGAUACUCAUUUGGGUUCUCUUUUCAGCUUCGGAUUUUGGGUGAUUAAUUUUAUUAGCGAACAUGUGCAUCUGGUUCUCUCAUAACGUUUGGCAAGACAGGUGGUGAAUGGGAUGGAAAUCAAUUUUUUUUUAAUCAUCACAUUACAUGUCUGGAGUAUUACCUAGCUCUUCAAAGAGGUUAUGGCGAGUAUAAGCUGAUGAUUUGACGAGGCAUCAUCUGUGCCAAAAUAGGGGGCUUGGGUCAGUACCAAUCACGUUAAGCUGGGUCGCAGGCUUUUGGUCGUUGUCCUUUAUGGAACAUGUGAUGGAGAACUACUGCAGUAGGUGAUGGAGUCCCUGUCUGGACCGACAAUGUUAAGUUGGUUGGUGCGGAGCUUUUGUUUUGGUUGAUGCCAAGCUUCAAAUGCUCUCGAUCUGCUUCUGUAAAUUGUAUGUCUGGUUCAGGCUUUGGAAGUAGGCGGAUAUAAAAAUAUUACUCUAUCUGUUGCUUUUUUUGAGCGAAUGGGAGAUUGUUAUUACUCGGGACUGAAUUGUAUUAGACAAUUCUGUGAGAAGCCAAUGAUAUUCUGUUUGCAUGUAUAGAGCACUAAAAUCGUUUUAGUACUUGCCAGCUAAUUUACAGCUUAGAUUUUCUGUAUUUAUGUGUAGAAGUAAAAUCGUUAUAGUGAAUGUAGUGAGGAGAAUGGCGAAUGUAAGCGCAGAUGGUCUAGCGAAGCUUAGCUUUCUCAAACAAGGGGGUUGGAGACAUGUGGAGGAUGUUGCUCCUCAUACUGUGCGUGCAGUGGAAAGGGAUGGAGUUGACCGUAUUGAAUCUGAAGAGUUUGGAACUGUUCGUACGUUGGUUGUUAAUACUCACCAACCCACCAUCUUAAGUUCUUAACGAUGUAACGUGGCGUGUGUUCAACUAGUAUGCACCGUCAACAUCUUGAGAGUCUUAGAAGCUGAAAGCUGUCGCCAAUUCUUGCGCUGCGAAGUUACAUGUAAUUGGAGCGUGGGAACAGACCCUAGUUAGCUGAUCCGCCAGAAAUGGUGAUUCGGCGCUGACAGGUCGAACCAUGUUUGGCCCGUAACGGUGAGAGGCUCACAGAUACUUCGCGAGAAAUAGGAUGCAGAUAGGUUGGGUUUCCAAAUGACAUGGCAUGCAGUGGCAGGCUUCAUCCAACAAUUCUCUGCUGAACCCCUUUGACGUCUUUGCAUGUAAUAGAGAUCUGCCAAAAGGCUGCAAGGAAACGUGGGUCGCAGACAGAGAGAGGACAACCUGUGAAUUGUCGUACCGCUGGACCUGGCACCCUGGUUGGUUUGGUUGGACAAUCGUGUGCUUACUGUGAGGACACCGGAGGAAUAGUCGCUGCCCGCCCAGUGCCACCUUUCUUGAAUUGAAUAAACAUGAAGCGCAUUAUGUCUAGUUUUGUGGGGUUAGGAUUAGGUUGCUUCACACAACUUGCGUAAAGAUAUGUAGUAUCUUAUUUUGAUUGUCCGCAUCAUAAAGGAGGGUUGCUAGAAAAGACGUGGGAGAAUUUUUUUGAAAAAAAUGUUGGGACUUGGGAAUAUACUAACAAUGGGAUAGAAUUGAAGAAUAUAAAACAGGAAGAAAGAGAAAAUGAGUAGAAAGUUGGAGGAGGCAUGAAUAUAUAAGACGUUAGGAAAGCAAAGGUGGAUCAAUUAUAGAGUUCGACAAUGGAAUUUAACUUUUGACAUAGGUUGGUGGAACCACUAGAUUCCCACGGCGUUACUUUCAGCACAGAUCGCUUUCAGUACAAAGGUAGCAGUUCAAGCUCUCAUUUGUUAAUGCUUAAUAGAGACCAAUGAAUUAGAGUCAUGUUACGCUAACCUCGUGAUUUUGCAACAACCACAUGCCUUGCCUGGUGGAUUCUGAGGUAUUACAAUCGCCAAUAAAUCGAUUCAUUGCGAGAGUUUGUGCUUUCAUUGUCAUUCUAUCAUCAUCUUUUAUAAUGGACACGUUACAUUGAAGCAUUCGGUACAAG